GGAUCAGUUCUAUAGGCUCGUACCUCUGUAUCCUUGAUUUCUAAGGAGACAGGCCCUAAACCCUGGUUGAUGAACUAUGACCGUGCGAUCAGAGCGUGAUUAACGGCCACGAUCAUCUUCCAGAUGCAUCCGGUGCUGUAGAGGAUCGUUACUCGGUUCGGUUUAUUCUAAGCCGGGGUGGUCGCACGGCGGUCUGACAGGUUUGGAUUCUCUCGUUUCUGUAAAACAAAAACCUCUUAUCCUCUCCUUCAAUGGACUCUCCGUGAAAAUAAAUAAAAAAGCAACAGGUUUUACAUAAAAAAAUGGCGAUGUCUCAUCUCUUUCUUUCUUCACCUCAAUCUUCAGUGGCUACGCGACUUCACUCUCCUCUUCUAUCGACCCAGUUCACGUCGAGCUACUCUAAGAGCAAUACAUAUUCUAAGUGUGCAAAUGAAGCGAAACUAUCAAAGAGAUUCCUUUGUCGCUCGAUUCAUAUGGAAUCUGGACAUUCAGGGGAACCAAAGAGGCUUAGUUUCGAUAAUCUGAUGAGAAGAACAAAAGAUGUUUGGAACAAUUCUCCACAGUUCAUCAAGGAGUUCCCUUGGAACAAAGCAUUCGAGAACUUCAUACAGCUCGUUCUCGAUCUCACCAUAUCCGUCGUUAAGUUCUUGUUCGUUCCCGUACUGGCGGUUUCUUCCAUCAGCGAGAUGUCUUACUGUGCACAUGAGAGGAAGCUUGCUUUAGUCCCGUUUCCAUUAGUCAUCGGUGUGCUUGUUGGAGGCUUUCUACAAGGAACCGCUUUGAAGAUCUCUCCUCGUCUUAAGGAAGCAGAAGUGCCGUGGCAUUUGAUAGCUAUGAUGAUGUUAUUCACUCUGAUUAAACUUCCUGGACCGUAUUAUCCGUAUUGGGGGCGUUUGUUUGUUCCACAUUUUGCAAAUGGAGUGUUGUUUAGAGCACUUUGGUCCAUGUUCUUUUGGUACAAGAAGACUAGAGACAACACAUCAGGAAAUCCUCUUCAGAAUCACAGUUUGGAAACAAAAUGAGCAUCUUCAUCUAAGGCUGGUGUUCUCUUAGGUUUGCAGGUGGUUACUUUUUACAUGAUUAAUUCUGGGAAUUAUCUGGAACCUCGCGGAUUAGUUAUUGAGCAUAGAUAGGAAGCUUUCUUCUUCUUCUUCUUCUUCUUCUUCUUCUUCUUCUUCUUCUCUCUUCAAUCUCAAAAAAUUUGAGGUAAAUGAGUUAGUACCUUUUAGGCCAUAGAAUUGUGUUGUUCUGUAUUCUCCUAUUGACUA